AUGGGGAAGAAGACGAAGAAGACGAAGAAGCCAGGAAAAGGCAAAGAGAAAGCAGCGAAAGCUGAGGAAAAGAGAGCUCGUCGAGAGACCAGCAGCUCUCACCUGAGGAUGACAUCGAUGCCAUCUAGAGUUAUGGAUCAUCUGAGAACAGCUGAAAUAGUUUGUGGGAGUUUUAAACAGUGUUGGAAAAAAAUGGGGCUAGGCGGCCGCCUAGGCGCUCGGCGGCCGAUUUUUCGCAAUCGUUAUUCUGCUCCCUAUUUUCUAUAUGAUGGUUUAUUUGCACCAAAGACCAUAUGGCACUAUCAUGGAGGGUGUCAAGUUGGGAGGGUUGUUGAUAAAGGAUAUGGAGUUCUUGGUGUUGAUUCUCUGAGGGUUAUUGAUGGUUCAACGUUUUAUCACACCCCGGGUGCUAAUCCUGAAGCUACUGUACAUGGGGCAAAGGAUUCUGCAUGA